AUGCCUGGAGAGAUCGUAUACGCUGGCCGCGAAGCUCUACCCAUCACUAGCUGGGGAGACGUCCACCUAAAGGUCAAUACACCUGCAGGACUCUCCACUAUCAAGCUCACACAUGUCGCAUACGUCGAGGGCUUCUUUGCUAAUGUACUAGGUCUCGCACGAUGCAGAUCCAUAGACAUCCACUUUGACUCUGGUAGAGACGCGUUAUACCAAGGAUCCUCAGAAAACGUUCUCAUUGACGCAGAGGAGAUGGAGCGAGCAGAGCUCUCCACCUUCAGCUCUCGCCUUCGAAGCUCCUCCCCCGAACUAGUCACCCUAGCCACUAAGCUCGAAAGGAUCUAUCAUCGUCCAUCGCGCGAGGAGCGACGCCCUAUCAUCGACAUACCAGAAGUCGAUGACGACACCGAGAACCUCUCUCUCAAGCAUCAGCUCGCUCUCUCUCAGUCAUUGGACGCACUAGCAGAGCUUGAAAAGCAGACUCAUGGGAGUGACAAGAGCCCUACACCUGCUCAGCUUCCAACGCCACAGAGCUCCAUACAAAGCUCUGAAUCACCUGCACCCACGCAUAGCUAUGAGUCUCGUCCAGCACCUACGCAAUUUAACGUGGAUGAAAGCACUCAGCAGCUCGUACGCGAAACGAUGGAAGCAUCCAAUACUGGAUCAAACGAUGACCAUGCUACCUCUAUGCAUGAACCACCUAUUACCUCUGCACACGAUCCGCCAUAUAUACCAGAUCCUGACCAAAAUAAUGCACUAAAGCCAUGA